UUUUUUUGCAUUUGAUCCUCAUAGCAUAUUUUCGUCUACCUUGAAGAAAGAAAAGUCACUCAUCGAAAGAUUGGACCAUGUGUCGAAAUACCAGGUAGGUAUGAAGUUAGAAAGAAUUAGUUCGUCAAAAUGAUACGCGAUCCGGUCCCCGCAUUGCGCCUCUGUGGAAACGUCCUGCAACUCCUUGAUUUGAGUCAUCGGCUAUUGGAUCCAGCUAAAGAAUUGGACCAGUCAGUCGAUAGUCUAACUGUGGAAUAUACCGAUCUUUACCAAAUAUACCACACGCUCAAGCAGUUACGCUAUGGCCUCGCAAUUAGGCUAACCAUAGAUUGGUCCAUCGAAGAAUCAAUAUCAUACGGUGACGAAGGGCUUCAAAGCCUGGCGCAGUCUUGUCAAGGCAUAUGUGCACAAUUACUUGUCGCAACAAGCCAGCUAGAACGCCAUUACAGCUCUUCAAAUGGCUUCACGUCGUUCCAGGAGGCACUGCAAGCGGUUUGGGACAAGAAGCCAAUUGAAGCUCUAGAGGAAGGGUUGCUGGCAUGCAGAAGGGAAACGAUACGAGUUCUUACAAUUAUUUUCAGAGAAACUCAGUCUAGCGUCUACCAAGAGAUACAGAGUCUAAAGGAGCAGAAUCGACAAAUAGACCAAAGCCAAACACGAUGGCUUACGGAUAUUUUAGACACCCUCAGUGACAUAGAGUGGCAAGCGACCGAGGUGUACAUCGGGGAUGAGAUACCAGGCGUGACCAAUACCAUCAACCCAGACCAUCUUCAAGAUAUGGCCCGUAGAAUGCCGCAUGCCAUACAAAAAGCGUCAAAAGUCGCCUUUGUACAAAGAUUCCUCAGGACACUACACUUUCAAACGAUCAAGGACCGCCAUGCGAGGAUCGCGAAAGCCCACGAGAAGACCUUUACCUGGAACUGUGAGAAAAUGAUAGAUACGACAACCCACCCUUCACAUAGCCCAGCAAUCGUUAAUUGGCUGCGGGGACAAAAUGAUAGCAUAUUUUGGGUCUCUGGCAAGCCGGCAUCAGGGAAGUCAACGUUUAUGAAAUAUCUACUCGCUCACCCCCAGACCCAGGAAAACCUCAAAAUAUGGGCUGGAAGCGAUAAGCUGGUUAUUGCCAGUCACUUCUUCUGGGGUGCAGGAACUGACUUGCAAAACUCUAAGCAUGGCUUGCUCCAGUCUCUUCUCUAUGGCAUAUUCACCCACAGUCCGGAUCUGAUUCCCAUUGCAUGCCAGCAAAGGUGGGAAGCGAUCAUGCGCGACGAACACGGCGACAGCCCAUGGUGUGUGAAAGAGCUGUUCGAGACGUUGAAAACUCUGAUUAGCCAGACCAUAUUCCCAUCCAAAUUCUGCUUCUUCAUUGAUGGUCUGGAUGAAUACACAGGGGACCAUUCUGAGUUGAUUGAACUGUUGAGCUCUCUAGUUCAAGCCAAUGUCAUGAUGUGUCUUUCUAGCCGGCCAUGGAAAGUCUUUGAGGACGCAUAUGGAGAAUCGACCGACCGGAAGUUAUACCUGGAAGAGCACAACCGGGACGAUAUCCACAAUUACGUUCAGAGUGAAAUUGAACAACAUUCAGCUUGGGGACUACUUGUCGGGGUCGACUCACGUACCAGUGGAAUUAUUGAUGAAAUUGCUGAUCGGGCUCAGGGUGUUUUUCUCUGGGCGGUUCUGGUGGUGCGCUCUUUCGGUGAAUGGUUGACGAAUGGCGAUACCUUGUUCUUCUUGCAGAAGAAGCUUAGAAGAAUCCCUAUCACCCUUGAGCUGCUCCUCAGGUCCAUGAUUGAGUCGAUAGACCCGAUAUAUACUUCCUAUAUGAGGCAGAUAUUCAAGGUUGCGUUAACUGCCCCUGAGCCCUUACCCGUGAUGCCGUAUGCCUCAUUGGAAAGACAAAUCGAAGAUGACGAUAAUGCUCCACCACAGGAGAAUAAACCUCUCACUUACAGAGACAUCAUACUGCGGGUUCACCAGCUCGAUAGACAACUCACCCACAUAUGCAAAGGACUACUGGUAGUGUAUCAUUGCCAUAAUGAGGAAGACGCCCUGCGCUACCGGGUGGACUUCUUGCAUCGAACCGUCCGAGACUUCUUUUCAACGAAUGACACAUUGCGGCACAAAUAGCGUCCAUCCAAACUAAGGUACACAAUAUACAGAUGCGUUUUUAUUAUUAUCAGACAACACAUCGUGCACCUCGAUCUGUUGUUCUCGUCCUUGGUAGAUUGGCAUAGUCAUGCGUGCCUUCACGUCUAACACAAUCAACACUUUUAUAUACCCGUAAAAGACCUUGGAGCGACACAUUGUUUGACAUUUACGCCCUAAGGGUUUUUCCACAUCCUCCGCGCUCUAGCCCUUCAAUAGUCUGCCGCUCGGCGCAAGGGCUAAAUGAUAGAGCUAAAACGUUCCUGGAGGGCACGUGGACCAUUUGGCACACGCUGGGGGAAGAAAAUCCCACUUUAUAUGAUCAGUGAGCGGAUUGGCAGUUAGCUAAAUGGUUUGAUAUAAAUAAAACAAUUCAGUACGAUGUAAUGCCAAGAAGAGCAUAGCCAUUCAAGCAAUUUUUCCCUCACGUCAGAGCAGCACUUGAAGCA